GACGCUCCCGUGGCACAAUGACUGCCUACGUUCUAGAUCGACGAGCUUUCUUCCUGGGCUCUGCAGGAUUGGAUGUGCUCACAGGUGAAGGAACGUCCUUCCCGUGGGGGAGGAACGUGGUAAACGUUGAUCAGGGGACUAGGCGCCACUGAAAACUGGUGCGGUGGUGGUGUUGCUGAGGGUAUCAAGAGACAACUGGGUAAGUCUGGUUGGGAGAUGAGGUUCAAGGAAAAGGGGGUUGUUGUGUUCCGGGGCAUCAUUACUCAACUCAAGGCCCUUCGUGCUACGUUAAUGGAAGAAGAGGGGGCUUCAACUGGCUGCCAUGUCUCUAAUGUCAGGGUCACAUUCUGGCGUCAUGACCUUGACCCUUGGUAUCACAGUAGUAUCAGGGAGGAUUUGUCGUCAAGUCUUGCUUUCGUUCAGCUUUUUUUCUUUGUUUACUUUGGGGGUUGGCGAAAGCAGGCAGCAUUGCAGCUAUACCAGGCAGGGGGUUACAGGGGCUUGGACGAGACAUGGAUGAUGAUUCCUGAUACCUUUGUUCCUUUCGUCCUUGGGGUUGUUUGUUGGAUGAGAUAACACGGAAAGGUAGAAGUUGGGUUGUACGGGGUCACCUACUCUAUGAUCGUAGGAGAGCCCCUUAGUAAGAAAGACGUUGAUCACUUUGACAAUACGAGAUCUUGAACAAGCUCCUGGC